UCUCUUUCUCUCUGUGUAUCUCUCUCUCUCUCUCUCUCUCUCUCUCUCUCUAGUUUUAGCAAGUGUUGAGCUGUAUUAGGCUUGUGGUGUGUGUGGUGCAGGGGUGUAGUGACAAGGGUUGCAUAUUUAUAGGGUGAGAAUCUGAGAGGGGGCGUGUGAUUUCACUUGGCCAUGUGGGAGAGAACUAGGUUCUAAGCUGUAGACUGAGCUGUAAGGAGGUAUACUUGGAGCUAUCACUGACCAUCAGUUUUUCUGAACUUGCCCAUAUCUUAUGACUGUGUGCAACUAUUAUUGGCUAGGAGUAGGGUGGCUCCCUGCUUAUAGUUUAAUCCAAAGAGGAAAACCUAUAAGGACCUCCCAAUGCUAGUCAAAUAUAGCAUGGUAUAGGCUUCUGCCUCACUUGACACAGUUAAAAUAUUACUCUUGUUUUUGUUCUCCGUAUCAUCAAUCGUGUCAGCAAGUUAGCCAUUCUGACCUGGGCAAGAUAUUUGGCCCUCGACGACAAAAUGCAAACAAAGAAAGGUUCAUGAGAGAUUGUAUUUUGUUUCCGAUUAGUUGUAUGUUCUGAAUAGGCACUGACAGUGGUUUGCAUCUUCUCUUCAGAUGCUGCUGCAACUCCAAACAGGGCAUGGAAGUGUAUCACUCAGCACGCUUGCGAUCGCUGUGGACGAGAUUGUGGAAGCAGCUGCUGGCCUUUUGAAGGGUGAACAGUGGCAUGGCUGGCUGGGGGCAAGGGCAUGCAGCUGUUGAGGCUAGAGGACAGCUCGAGAAAUUGGACUUUCAGUUACUGGGGAGUCAUGCAAGCUGGAAGCAGCAGUGGGUUUGCAAGAGAUGCUGUUGCAGAAACAGGAGAGAGGCCGACAUCGAUCUCGUUCUCUCAAAUGUCCAGAAAUCAAGUUACAGCAAGCAUGGGGCAUCAUAUAUGGGGAGAUUGCAUUCACAUUCACCGCCACUCAUCUACAAGGUCUGUCGCAGCCAGCCAUGGUAAACAGGAGAGAGGCCGACAUCGAUCUCGUUCUCUCAAAUGUCCAGAAAUCAAGUUACAGCAGGCAUGGGGCAUCAUAAGUGGGGAGAUUGCAUUCACAUUCACCGCCACUCAUCUACAAGAUCUGUCGCAGCCAGCCAUGUUUCGAGUUCAGAAAUUAAUCCUCCUCGGUGGAUCUCCGGCGUCGAUCGGCACUCUGGCUGGCAUUUGGCGUAGAGCUACAGUGAACAUAUUAGCCGGGAGGGGGUAGUAGGGAUCGAUCUGGAGUUCUCGAUAUGGUAUCUGGGGGGGCACUGUGGUGCCGUCACUCCAGCCGUCCACUCGCAAUUUGGACAGACAGUGCCACGAUGCUCUUGACAGAGCCGCGCCCAGGCCGAAUCUUUUUCAAAUUUGUGUGGAUCGAUCGCUAGCUGGAUGGCUGCCCGGCGUGUAGCCUGUAGCCCCGGCCAAAACAGCCCCCCCCCCCCCUAAAAAAACUAGAGAUUCGUUACCUACCCACAGCCACAGGGCCGGACACAGGAGAUGAAGAACGAACGGGGGCGUAAGCAAAUCUUAAGUGCUUAUGAUGAUCCACUGUCACUCUGUCUGUCAGGGCUAGCAAGAAAACAGGAUGUGUGCUCUAGCACUGAACAGGAUCAUCAGAGAACGGUUUGGUUGGUGUAUUCCUGCCUGGUUUUUUUCCCCUCCCGGUUGCCCAAUGGCCUACUGUGGCCGUUGUAUCCGGUCUGUAAGCUUCACGUGUGCUGACAACACGAGACAUACAUAUAUUUAUAUUUAUAUAUGCAUAUGCAUGCCCCAGUCCCCCAGGUGAUGGCAUGGCAUAUUGGCAUGGCUGGCA